AAAAGUGAAAUGUAAACAUAAAUCAGGCGCUAAUUAUGCGUGUAGCGCUACUUGACCAUUAAUUUGUAUCAAUCCACGCGCCUCUAGCAGUUAAAUCAGAUGGGAUUUAAAUGACUUCGGAUGUUCGAAAUCUUACUUCCCUAAAUAAUUCACAAAACCCUUUGGGGAAUCACCGAAGUAGAGCAGCUUCGGAGUUGGAGACGAUUUCUAGUCUAGACGUGAGCAGCAGUUCCCUUGUGUCUAGUAGUGAAGACCAAUUGCUAACCUAUCAAAAGACACUCGAAGAUUGGCUUCUAAAAGCUGUGGUUCAUACAUUUUCUAAAUUGUCUUCAAGCCACAGAUCAUUUGAAUCAAUUGCUACAAAAGCUGUUGGACUGCCUACAUCACUUGCUUGUGCACUAAACUAUUACCUUCCUAAAGAUUUCAAGGACUUGUUAACUGAAAGCAAAUUAGAUAAAGUUUGCUUAGAUCAUUAUCAAGAAUUAGUAGUAUUACUAUCAUCAUCAGCAGCAGCAGCAUCCACUACAGUAUUGGAUACAAAUACUCUUAUAAGUCUCAAUAUUCAUCAUGAUCUAUACAAAGAUGAUUGUGAAAAUAUUAAAAGAAUUCUAAAUUUUAUUCAACAUUUAAAUAAAUCAUUGGAUAGUUUCAAGUCACUUCUGGCAUCGAUUACACACUUGUUGAAUCAAUAUCCAACAAAUAGAUCUGUUGAUGAAAGAAUUGGAUUUAAACAACAUAAUGAUGAUUUAUAUCUGGUGAUUAAUAUUUAUCAAUUGAUUUCUAAAGUUGCCAACACUACUACUACUACUACUACUGGUGGUAUACACCGGCCUUCUGUCAGUUCAGUCUCGUCGACAACUAUUACCACUACUACUAAUCCUGCUUCUCUGGCUAGUACAAAUACUAUUCAUAGUGGUGAUAAUCUACAGUCGGAUUAUACUUCUCGUGUACAAAACGGAGUCUUACGUGAUUUAGUUCGUACCUCUGGAGUUGUUGCUAAACCUGCAAGACCAGCACAUCCAAGUAAUCAACCUAUUCCUGUAGUAAAUCAGUCGACAGUAGAUCAGUUAGUCAGUUCAUCGACUCCAUCAUCAGCAGCACCAUUUAUUCAUUCAAAAGAUAUGAGUAACUGUGACAAUAAUACUCCUACUCCUACUACUACUACUACUACUAAUAAUAAUAAUAAUAAUAAUAAUAAUAAUAAUAAUUCUCAAAUAUCUGAUGAAAAUAUACAUUCCACAGCAACUACAAAAAUUGCCAAUAACUUAUUAAACGAUAAUGAAGAAAAUCAAAAGCUCAAAAAUAUUACCAAUGAUAAAACUAAUGAUUUACUAACGGAUAUAGCUCGUGCUGCAUAUAAUCGGAGUUGUUCUGUACCUUGUAAAGAAUUCUCUAAUAAUAAUAAUACUAGUGAUUUCAAUAAGCCUGGACAAGUACAACCAUUACAGCAACAAAAUAAAAGUUCCACUAAUGGUCAUUAUUAUUUAACGCCUGUGUCACAUGAUGAUAAUUCAGUUAUCGAUUCACCUGAUAAUCAGAUAAUGACAUCUACUGACACGACCAUUGCUACAGAUACCAAUGAUGUUAGUCAACCAUUCACGCGUAAUUCACUUUACGCUACAUUUAAUAAGCGUCCAACUCCAUGUCUUUCAACCAAAUUGCCAUCCAUCGGUAGUCUGUCUCAACCGAAUAAUCCAAUGAAGCGUAUGGGGGCAAAAUCACCUCGAAUGAAUUCUACUGGUGAUAUUAAUUUGUCACAAGUUACACUGCCAUCAUUACGAUCGGAAUUUGAAAAGCGUAAACGUUCCCUAUCUUCUGUCAAUCCUGCAGAUGUGUCUGAAAUGUCCAAAAUUGAAAAAGCUUUACCUCUAGGAACAACAACUUGGAAAGCUGCUGGAACAGCACGUUCUCAAACACGUAAAGCCAACGAUGUUGAUAAUACUGGUGAAAAUGGUAUUUCAUCGACUAGUACAAAGCCUGAGCAAGAGAAUACAACACCUGGACGUGCUGCAGCUCUACGAUUAUCUUUAGAUCAACGCAGACGUGCUAUUGAAGUAUCCAGGCAACGUGAACGUUUGGCGAGUACUAAAGCAGCUGUUAAUAGAAAUAAUGCAGCUUUUGUUAAACUUCUUCAGGAGCAAUUUCAUCAACGUCGCGAUGUUCCAGCGGGAGAAACUAAGCUACCCAGUGAUAAAACACCGAAGACUGAAACUACUCCUGUUGCCUCACCGACAAAAUCGAACGGACCAGAAAACUUGGUUAGUGCUUGUGUAGAUGCAGAAUGUAUGCAUGUUAUAACAGAUAAUCAAGAGAUUACUGCAUCUACCUCUAAGGUUGGUCAAGCUACAGAUUUAGAGGAAGAUUCUUCAAUGCUGUCAUCAUCUACGGUUCCGAAUUCUAAUGAGCCUUUACAAGAUAAUUCUGUAAUCAUGGAAACUAGUACAACAGUUGCAGCACUGGACGAUAAUACAUAUGAACCGACUGAAUCUGUAGCUUCUUCGCCUAAAUCUCCAAAAUCCUGUCGUGAAGAAAAUCAAACAUACGAUUCGCCUACGCUUCCAGUGAAACACUCAAAACACCAUGAUACAGGUCCUAUGAACAACCAUCAUAGUAUUCAGAAUUAUCAAGAUAUAGACCAACGUUCAUCUGUAUCAUGUCAGAGAUCGAACAGCGAUGAAUCAGAUUAUCUUCCAUCCAAUAUGUCAGCACCUCAUAUUGUCUCACCCCACCCAUCCAGUUGGCAUCAGUCUUUACCAUAUCAACGUAAACCAGAUACAAGGCGACCAAAGUCUAGAUAUAGUGAAAGGGAAUCUACACCUCAACCAGAAUCGUUUACUGCCGAUACUCAUAAUCACCAUAUUCAUCAGUAUCCUCAUACUCACAAAAGCUCAAAGUAUCGAGGUUAUGCGGAUAAAACAUAUCCUGGGCAUUUUGCUCCAUCAGUUGCUUAUAAUGAUCGUGGUUUUGUUUCUGUUGACCCAUUCCAUGGUGCUCAAUCUCCUCGCUUUAGACGGCACCAUAUCAAUCAUAAAACUUGUCAUUGUGACACAUCUUUGCACAAUUCUACGUGUGAACAACCAAUUCCGCAUAAAUAUCUAUCUCAACGGCAUUAUCGCCGUCACAAUCCUGCUAAUCAAUUGAUUCAAAGUGGUAGUUAUUGUGAUUGUAGUUCAGGUGAAGCAAGUUCAGAAACAGAUGAUGAAUCUAAUUGUACUUGUGAUGAUCAUUCUUAUCCACACGUGAAUCGUAUGGCUUACUCUGGACGAUUUUCUCAUCGAUCACUUUCCAGAUUAUCGAAACCACACUCCAAAAACAGAUACAGAUCAAAUGUUCGUAAAUCAACUGAAUAUGCCUACGAUUAUGAAGAGGAAGAAGAAGGAGGAGGUAGAAUCCACUCUCCAGCUGGAUCCUAUGCUUCCUUACGUGGGAUCAAUUCACGUACGGCUAAAGGUGAUAUGAAUUCCAUGGGGAAUAACAAUAACAAUAUUCAGUCAACAGCCUCUGGUGCUGGUGUUGAUCCUGCGACAUUAGAUCAAAUUAAUCGAAAUAUGUCUGAUUUACGUUCUGGUUUUGAACGUUUAUCUAUGCAACAACAAGUUCUUUUAGCUUCAUCGUCUGCGACAACAGCUGCUGCUCUAGUUGCGAGUAGUUUUCAACAACAACAGCAUCAGCAACAACAACAACAACAAGAACCAUUUCCAUCAGCAAAUUCUUUAUCUCAAACACAAGGACUAUCUACAUCUAUAUCGAAUAUAUCGACAACACGGGCUACAUGGAGUGAUAGACCUAUUUUACGUGAAUUAAGUGUACAGCGUAAUCCAGAUGUUGUGACAAAUGGAUGCAAUGAAGCAGUUCAAACUAUUCUGGAUGAGGGGGAUACUGAUAAUGUGAUUAUUUCAAGUGACCCGUCCCAUGGUGAUGAUUCUCAUGAACACGAAGAGGAGGGUCCUGUUUUUGUCAGUGUUAGUGACGCUUCAAAAUCUUCAACUGUACCGUCAAAUCCGUCACCUGUAGAAACAAGUCAGAAACAAGUGAAAUCACCACUUAUCACUGGGCAAACGCCUAAACCAGAAGGAAAACUUUUCUUCAUUGGCUUUGAAGAACCUGAUCCUGAGCGUAUGCAGCGUACUAAAGACCGAUUGGAAGCACGUCGAGCUACAGAAAGAGCAAUGGUAGCAGAACAAUUGGAAGCAUUGCGUACUACUGGACGUAAAGAAAAAGAAGCAGCUGAUCGUGCUCAGUAUGAAAGAAAACUAAAUGAAAAAGAAAGACGUGAAGCUGUAUUACAAGCACAUUUAUCUAAGAAGGAAGCUGCUAUGUCAUCUGGAUGUCGUAAUCAUAAUCCAUACCCUGUAAGAUCUGGUUCCUCAGCACUUUCCAAAUCUGAAGUUAAUCUAUCCACUACAAUGCCUAAACAUAGUGCAAGUAAAAAACCGUCUACUGCACCAAAACGUGAUAGAAAUGCACCAGUAGCAGCUUCAUUGGAUGCCUUUCCAUCGUCAAAGCCUAACUCCCGUGUAAAUUCAGCUAAAUCAAAAGCAGCACCUCCACCAGCUACUACUACACGUGGUAGUGGUGAUGGUGAAGCUGUGGAUGUCAAUACUGAACCUGACUGUGAUAGUUCCUCAUUUCAAGACACUAAGCUUCACACAAAUCGUAAUCGUUCAUCUAAUAAUGGUAAUACUACCACUACUAAUACUAUGACGACGACGACUACUGCGGGUGCCACACGUACACCGCUUCCUUCUGGGAUUAGUCUAUCUUCAUUACAUCGACUUGGUGCUUCAGAAUCACCAUCUAGUGGUCCUGGUGUACCUGUUCAGUGCUUAAACCAGCCUCGUUUAUUUGUGAAGCCUAAAGCAAAAUCCAAUCGUACUGUUGUUGUGAAUGCCAUCAGUCAUUGUUGUUUAGCUGGGACUGUCAAUGAACCGACAAAACAACUUGCGCUUAAAGAAUUAGCUGCUACUGAAGGAACGCACUUUAUGAUACUCUUUCGUGACUCUCGAUGUCAAUAUCGAGCUGUUUAUUCAUUUGAUCUAGAAUCAGAAGAGUUGAAAAUUAUUUGUGGCAAUGGACCAAGAAGAAUUACACACGAAAUGGUUAAUAGGUUUUUCAAAUACAACAGUGGAGCAAAACAAUUCACUGAAAUCACCUCGACAAAACACCUGAGUCCUGUUGUCGACGCUGUAACAAUUCACGAUGCUCUUUGGAUUAAAUCCGGUGGUGCACAUACACUUUUGCCAAGUCAUUGUUCUUAAUAAUUGCAUACACACUUAUUAUUUCUUAAAUAUAUAAGAAAAAGCAGAUUUUACAACUAGAAAAAGAAAUUAAAAGUAAACAUUUUCCUCAAUUCAAUUAUACAUAAACAUCAGCUUGUUUCCACUCACAUUUCUCCUAACUGCUUCUUGGGGUGAUGGAAUUUUAACUAUCGUCUGAAUAUAUAUACAUAUUAUUUCUUCAUAUUAUUGUUUAUUAAUUAUGUAAUCAUAAUGAAUGACAAUAAUGCUUACUAUGCAAAUGUUCAUAUAUGAUGACCAGGUGAUAUAGCCUCACUUGUAUCUCCUGCUUCCUACAUAUAUAUAUAUAUAUAUAUAUA